AUGCCGGCCUACGAGGAAGUUUGGGUCCGAGCUAGCGUGGGCUCCCUUCACUGUGCCAUUUAUGUUAGUAGUGUGCGACGUAGGUGUAGAAGCUUACCGUGUCUCUCGCUUCCGCCUAGGACGCUAGUCAUGGGACCGUCGCCACUGGCAAACCGUCGGCGAUCGAGGAAAGUAGUAUCAGCGAAGGGUAACACGUUCGUCUAGUAGUAAUCGUCAGCUCGAGAACCUUGUCGCUGGAAGCGGUAGCAUUUGUAAGCAAUGUAACACCUUCGGCCGGCACUCGCCGCGUACCCAACUUCUCCAACCUUCGCCGUGCACAGCGCUAUUUCGGACAGUCUAGAGUCGAGGCGUACUAUAGCGGGUACGACGAUGCGAACGCGGAAGCUGCAGAUUAGCUGCGGCGGGGACGAGGAGGACGACACCUUCCCCAGCCACGGACUAUGGGAGAUUAAGAAUGCUGACGUGGACAACGGCGGCCCCCGGGCUACUAGUAGUACUACUUGUAGCGGAGCCGAGCAGUCUUAUUUAGAGACGUUAAGAGAGAGCGGAGUCAUCCCUACACCUAGCACCACUACCACCGUAACAACCAGCACUACCGGCUUUAACUCCUCAGGUUAUGGCGACUCGGUAACUUCCGCAUGGGACCAGAUUUUAGGAGGAGAUGCCAAUACUCCUACGGGUGGCGGCGGCUUCGGCUUGCGUUCCCCUCUUACUCCCACCCCGCCGACUCCGCUCCACGACAAAAUCCUGCAGUCCACGUCGAUCGAGAUUGGCCACGUCGGCACGCUGACGUGGCGCCAGCUGGCGGUGGACCGCGACUUGAGAUUAAUCUCCUGGUGGCACCAUGUGCCCCUGCACAGCCGCGACGGGCUCCUUAAUUUCGUCUGCACGACCCCGAAAGGCUCCUGGAUUAAGUACGAGGUGGCUGACGACGAGGACUUUAAUCCGCUAAGAAUCUCCCAACUCCCCGCUACUGGCGGUCUAGACUCUAGUAGUACUUUCCCGAAGGCGGUCGUAGAAUCGGGACGCCACGACACUAAUCCGAAUGCGCGUUAUAAUCCUGGUACCCGUUAUAAGCCGGCGCAUUUCGCGGAGAAUACGACGCGCUUCAGCGUGGGGUUCCUCCCGCAGACCUACGCGGAUCCCGCGCAGCCCAACCCCGACUAUGGCGGGCUCGCGUACUUAGGCGGCCCGAUCGACGUCCUGCUCCUAGACCUCCGCGACGCGUCGCGAGCCGGAUACGCGUCGCUGGGACUGCCAUCGUCGAUUAAUCUCUCCAAUAGUUUCUCCUCGCGCGACUUGCGGACGGGGGAUGUCUGUCAGGUGAAGGUGGUCGGCGCGUUUGCCGUCGUCCACGGCAAAAGUUCCCUUUCCUGGAAGCUUCUCGCCGUUCCCGCGGCGCCGGCGGCUAGCGGUAGCGGUAGCGGUGCGGGCGGGGAGGAUGACGUGGCGGAUGAGAUCGGUGACGUGGCAGACGUGCACGCGCUGUUUCCGGGGCUGCUGGACGACAUUCGCGAAUGGCUGCGAUUCUGCGACUGUGUCGAUCCAGACGACGAAGAGAACGAAUUUGGGCUCAACCAGCGGGCGGGCGCUGCUGACGUGGCGCUAGCAAUCAUUGCGCAGGCGCACGCUUCCUGGCAGCUUCUAGCCGACGACAGCCCGCCGCCCUCCCCAUGGACCCCCUCCAACCUCGUCCUCUCAGCACGCGUUCUCCAGGAGAAAUGGCGCAAGUACACCGAGAAGCACUAUAACGAGUACGCGGACAGGCGCUAUAACGAGACGGCUUGUAAAGGAGAUGGGAGGGGGUUCAGUGUGGGGAGCUUGGGAAGCUGGCAUGGGGGAGGGGGGAGUGUGAGUGUGAGUGGGAGUGCGAGUGGUGGUAGUGGUGGUGGUGGUACUGCUGCUGCUGCUUCUCCCCCUCUCAGCCUCCCCUUUGUUCCGUUCAGUGACCCGACAACGUCGAGGUCUGAGAGGAGGUUUGACCGGGCGUGGGAGGAGUCCAGCAGAGGGGGCUCGUUCGCUGGCAGCAGUAGCCGCUCUUAUGCUGCUGAAGCUGCUAGUGAUGCUAAUUGUGGUAGUGGUGGUGGUGGUGGUGGUGGUGGUGGUGUGGGAAAUGGCUUGCGCUUCGGCUCGUUUGCUUCAAACGCAGCUUCAUAUGGCGGCUCGUAUUGGGAGUCUCGGGUCAGCUCUUAUGGAGGAUCAUCAGAGGAGCCUACUGCGCUUCCAGGCCCUACCCGAGGCACCUCGGAGGAGAGGCCAGAUUGGGGAGAGGGGCGGAAAGAGGGGAAAGGGGGAAGAGCAGAGGCGCUGUCGAGGGGGAAACUACCAGGGUUGAAGAGGCAGCAAGGCGCGACAGUUAAGGGAAGGCCGGAGCUGCGUGUGUGUCGGUCUGAUCUAGAGGCAGGGCGGAGACGAGCGGAGGGGAGAGGGGAGCUGAGGGCUUGUAAGUCAGGACCCAUGGGGGAGGAGGAGGGACACAGUAGCAGGACGUACGGGUUGUUAGAGCGCAAUGCAGUGCGGUCUGGUACGGUUCGAACCAGCACAGGUGCUCUGGAAACAGCAGGAGAUCCGGGGGUAGCAGGAGGUUUGGGAGCAGCAGGAGGUUCGGGAGCAGCGGGAGGUUCGGGAACAGCAGGAGGUUUGGGGGUAGCAGUUGCAGCAGCAGAAGGGCUUUCAGUCCGCCGAUGCUGCACCACAUUCGACUCCCCUUGCCCUUCGGACCAAUCACCUUGCAUGCCACCCGGCAGCAGGGUAUUGGCCGACACGUCGAAAGCACCAUAUGGCACAUCAGUUGCUGCUGCUGCUGCUGCUGCUGCUGCUGGUGCUGGUGCUGGUGCUGGUGCUGGUGCUGGUGCUGGUGCUGGUGGUGGGAUGAAGGUUCGUCGCAAGUCUGGGUCGUGGGAUUUCGGCAAUAUGACGAUUGGAGGGGUGUGGAUACCAGACGCACUAACAGCACAUAACACACUUAUGGCUUGUAACACAGUUACAACAUGUACCACUAUCGCUGCUACAAGUGCCCUCACUGAUGCUACUGCAGUAGCAGCAGCAGGCACUACUAGUGGUAACACCGUAACAGGUGGUAACAAUGUUAUAGCAACAGAGCACAGGCGAGGGCUCCCUCUCUUUCGCCAUAGCAGCCUAAACCAUUCCAUGCUCGGGGAUCUCCGGGCGCCCUUGAACAGGCUCGGCGCUCUCUGGAACGGGGCCGGAGGCACGGACCGUCCUGCCGAACUUGGCAUCCAGCGGCGGUGGGGUUGGAUGUACGGGCCUCUUGGUGGGCGCUUGGGUGAGGGGAGUGAGAUUGGCGUUGGGACAGCUGCAUCAGCUGCAUCAGCUGCUGCAGCAGCAGCACCAAGACGCGCAGCAGCAGCAACACCACCACCAACAGCAGCAGCAGCAGCAAGAGCAAGAGCGGUACCAGCCUUUGCAGCAGCAGCAGCAGUGGCAGCACACGGGGCUGGUGAAACCAGCUCCAGCAGCACUCCAAGACCCCUAACAGCCGAAACUCCUAGAGUAGGGGUACCUGGUGGCGGUAGGUGGAGACGGAGGAGCAACCACUGGGCGUCCCUCUCAUCAUCCUCGUUUGGAGACGCCUCGAUAGCAGACACGCUCGACCUCGCCUCGCCUCGCACCAACCUGAGCGACGCCUGGGACCAGGCUCUUGUGGGGGCGGUGGAUACCCAUGGGAGCUUCGCCCUGGCCGCCUGGGACCAGGUGCUUAUUACCUCGGUAAAUGAUGUGCUUGCGCCUUCGGUGCCUUGGGUGUCUGCUGGUCCCGUUGGCUGGGACCGGGUGCGUAUCACCUCUGAGAAUGAUGCUGCUCGCGUGCCUUCAGCUCGUGCUGGUGGCGCGUGCGUUGUAUCCCAGACGCAGCAGAUCCUGGCAUGCUCGCAAAGGCUGGCUGCGGGAAUAGAGGCCGCUGCUGCUGCUGCAGCGGUGGUGGCAGGGGGGGGAGCCGAAGCAGCAGCAGCAGGAGCAGAGACUGGGAGGGAGGAAUGUGACAAUCGGAUGCUUGACGGUAACGAGGUGCAGGUCUCAGCAGACUCAGAAGCAUCACUAGCAACAACCUCUUCGGUAGUCACAGCUGUGGUUUGCCAUGGGAAGCCGAGCAGCAGCAGCAGCUGCAGGGGUGUGGAGGCACGGCCGGCCUCAGCAGUGACAGUUGCAUCGGUAGCAUCCACCUCUUCAGUAGUCACGGCCGUUGCUUGCGACGGGGCGAAUCCCUGCCAUCCCACCUCACAGAGAAAGGCGGAGCAAGAGAAGAUGGGAUUGCAAAGCGAGGGGGGCAGAGAGCUAAGAAAGGCCGGAUCGGGAGAUUUGCUGCUAUUGAUAGGAAGGCCGGACACGGGCGAGCAGGAAAAAGCAUCGGUCAUAUCCUUUCCACACAUCCCCUCUCUCCCGUGCUCCCUUCCUUCCCCCACCUCCUCCGUUUCCUCGGCUACAAUCAGCCUUCCCCGAACCUACAGCAGCUCCGGGUAUGGGAUGAGCCCGCCGAACCUACGGGGGCAGGUUCGGAGUGAGGUGCUGCAGUUGCCAGCGUGGGUGGAUGAGAGAGGGGGGGUGAGAGAGGAGGGAAGUUUCUUGGGGAUGGGGAGAGAGAGGGGGAGUGAGGGAGUGGGGUUGAGUGAGAGUGAGAGGGAGUGCAGAAGUGGGAGGUUUGGAAGUUUGGGGGGAGAUAGUGAGGUUGGGAGCAGUAUUAGUGGUAACGCUACUUGGGAUUCCGUGCAUGAUAGUGGUGUGGACGAAAGCAGCAGAACGAAGACUUUUGACUGGAACGAGAUCACUCUAUAUGGGGGAAAUUCAAGCAGGAGAUCCCUACAGAGAGAUAGAGAAAGGGGGAGCUUGAGAGAGGAGGAAAGAGAGCAGGAGAGGGAGCGGGAGAGAGAACGGCAGAGGGAGAGGGAGAAGGUCAGGGAGAGAGAGGUGAAGGGAGAGAGGGAUAGAGCGAGGUGCAGGAGCAUAGGCAGCACCUGUAGCGAUUCUAGUGUAGCAGAUAGCCUCGAUGGUUGCGAUGUUUCGAGUACACGGGCGGAAGGCGGUACUAGCCCUGGUAGGGGCUUUCACGGGCGCAUCAGCAGCAUUGGAAGCAUGGCAGGUACUGAAGGUGGUAGGGGCUUCUACGGCCGCAGCAGCAGCUAUAACAGCAUGGGCAGUGUUGGUGAUGUGACUAUGGCGGAUGGAAGUGAUCAUAUCGUGUGCUCUAGCGAUGGGGAGGGCAGGUGGGAUGGAUCUGGAGGAAGAGUAGGAGGAGGGGGAAUAGGAGGAGGAGGAGGAGGGGUAAGAGGAGGGGGAGGAGAAGGAGAAAGAGGAGAAGGAGGGAUAGUAAGAGGUGAGGAGGAGGAGGAGCAGGGAGACGCUGAUGGGGGAUACACCAGUGAAACCGGCAGCUCCCGAAGCAGCUUCAGGUAUCGCAGGUUCGGCCGAACCUCCUGGGCCAAACCGAACUUAUCCCUUCCGAAGCUGUCAACCGCGUUGCUGUCUUCAAACUCUAGAGGGGGAGAGCACCUGACUCCCGGACCUAAAACUAGGCAUAAAUCCAGGCCUAAUUCCGGACCCGCUGAUGCCGAGCCUAGUGCCGAGCCUAACUCACAGAAACGGCAGCAGCAGCACCAUUCGCUGUUCUCCCCACACACGCUCCUAGGUCCGGUAAGAGGCUUGGAAUCGUGGGCCCGAAGCUCAAGCCCAGGUACGGCAAGGUACUACCAGGCACGAGGGAGGGGGUCGAGUGGGGAUUGGAGCGAGGAGGAAGCUAAAGGUGAGGAGCAAGGGCGGCGGAAGGGGGGAGAGCAGAGAGGGAAUAAGAGGGGGGCGUUUAGGAGGGAGCGGGAAGCGCGGGGAGGUGAAGGGAGGGGCGGGGAGGAGGAGGGAGAGAGGAGACGAGUGUUGCUACCACCACUUUCGGCUUCCCAACUGUCUAGGACUGCCUCUGCACCGAUUCACUCACACUCACUCGCACUCACACCCUCCCACUCACACUCACUCGCACUCACACCCUCUCACUCACACUCACUCGCACUCACACCCUCUCACUCACACUCACUCGCACUCACACCCUCUCACUCGCACUCACUCGCACUCACACCCACUCACACUGACUCGAGGCACCUAACUGCUGUAUCUUUUCACACGGCUCCUCUCUCUCACAGCCGUGACAACCCUGCUGACUGUGCUCCUGUUGUUCCCCCUCCUCUUCCUGCUACUUCUGCUUCUGAUGCGACUGUUACUGCUGAUGCUGAUGCUGGUUCGCGAAAGCAUCAAGGGUCCAGCAGCAAUGGUGGUCCAGUCAUGGCAGGUAACAACAGCAGCAGCGGCAGCGUGUGGGGUUUUACAAGCAAUGUUAAGUCGAACGAAGCAGCUUAUACGAGCUCGGGAGGAGUCCAAUACUCUACACCUGCUUAUAUAGGAGACGCCAGUACUGAGGACGGUUGCUCUACUGGAAGCCGAAGAAACGGGGAGGGUGGGGUGGGAGGAAACCGAAGGGACGGGGAGGGUGAGGUGGGAGGUGGCCGAAGGGGUGGCUUAAAGCAGUCACUAAGUUGGGGGGAGAGAGGGGGGAGCAGGGAUAUUCCAAUUUCUCAUCCCCUUUUGAAGGCAAUUCAGUUGGAGUUACAAGGUGCAGAGGGGACAGAAUCGGAAGGGGAGGGGAGGAGGGAGCAAGCGUGGGAGAGGAAGAGGGAGGAGGCGAGGGAGAGGGAGUGGGAACGGGAAAAGGAGAGGUUUGUAACUGGGGUUCUGGGCUUGAGGGAUGGAGAGGGGGUUGAAGAGGGGGCAGGAGAGAGGGGCGGAGAGAGCAAGGGAGGGGGUGGGAUGGGUAGUGGUGCAGUGUGUGGGAGUGCAAGUGAGGCACGAGAAGAAAGGACUAGGAAGAUGAGAAGGCAAGUGUCGUUCAAUUCGGUUGUCAAGGUGUAUGAAUAUGAUGAUGAUGAUGAUGUGAAGUAACAGUCUGCUAUUGACUCGACUCAAAAAUAGAGGUGUAUGAAAACAAGGAUGAUGUGAACCAACUGUACA